GUUACUUACAUCUAGCCAUCCAAUUGAAACAAAAGGUGGGUCCCCACCUCUUCCCAUCAACCGACCUCUCCUCCUCCGGUUUCUGAAACCCUUUCUCUUCCUAGAAACCUCAAAGGUUUUCGCAAGGACACCUCCUGUAGAAGAGAGGAGAUGAGCAAUAGCUCGUGGAAGCGAUGGGAGUUCCUAUUCAUUAUUCUUUAUGCCUUGGCUUUUUUCUUUGUUUUCAUCCGCUGGUCUUUGCAACUCUCCCAUGAUCAUUCAAGAAGCCUCUAUGGUUUACGCCCUGGAUGGAUGUCUAAUCGCCUAAAUGAUCUUUCUGAUGCACAAUGGAGAAACUUCCGUGGAAACUUGCCUAUUCUUACCUUGGUUAUGUGUUUUUUCACAUUUGUUGCAAAUAUCUUGAGGUAUCAUUAUUGCUUAAAAGGGAGAGGAAUGUCCUUCAUAUGGAUUAUACUAUCUUUGUGUUAUCUAUCAUAUCUUCAUGAAGCUUGCGUUAUAUUUGUUCUUUCAAUUGCUUCUGCGAAUUAUUUCAUAGUGAAGACUUUUGCACGUUCCCCAUACUACAUGAGCAUGCUUUGGAUCUUCAAUAUAACUUUUCUUAUACUAAACCGUGUCUAUGAAGGCUAUUCAUUCUCCUUGUUUGGUGGAUGCUUGGCAUUCUUGGACAACUAUCGAGGCACUUUUAGGUGGCAUAUAUGCUUUAACCUAGUUGUAUUGCGUAUGAUCAGCUAUGGAUGUGAUUACCAUUGGUCCAAUAAACUUACUCACUUUGAUCAAAAGAAACAUAUGCUACGCUGCCAUUUUUGUUCUUCUGGAAGGACAUGCUACCAUGUUUUACAGGAAAGAAGCAUGCAGAAUGAUAAAUAUUCAUUCAAUAUGUAUGUAUGCUAUCUGACAUAUGCACCACUUUAUAUAGCUGGACCCAUUGUAAGCUUCAAUGCAUUUGCAACACAGUUAGAUGCACCUCAAAAAAAUUAUUCAGUUGGACAAAUAGCUUGGUAUGGGCUCAGAUGGAUUCUUAGCCUUCUCCUUAUGGAAACAGUAACACACUUUUUCUACUACAAUGCAUUCGCAAUUAGUGGCUUGUGGAGGCAGUUGUCACCUUUUGAGGUCUUCAUCAUUGGUUAUGGGGUCCUUAAUUUUAUGUGGUUAAAGUUCUUUCUUAUUUGGCGCUAUUUUAGGUUCUGGUCACUGAUAGGAGGUAUUGAGACUCCCGAGAAUAUGCCUAAGUGUAUCAACAACUGUUAUAAUUUAGAGGGCUUCUGGAAAAACUGGCAUGCUUCAUUCAACAAGUGGCUUGUCAGGUACAUGUACAUUCCACUUGGUGGUUCUCAAAGAAAGCUACUUAAUGUGUGGGUCAUUUUCACGUUUGUGGCAAUAUGGCAUGAUCUUGAGUGGAAACUUCUUUCAUGGGCAUGGCUGACAUGUUUAUUUUUUAUUCCGGAAAUAUUAGUCAAAUCAUCAGUUAAUUCCUUUCAGUUAAAAUGUGCUGCUGGAAUGUUCAUACAUCGCGAACUUAGUGCCAUUGCUGGGGCAGUAACAAUUACAUGCCUAAUGUUUUAUGCAGGUUGCAAACCUUGUUGGUUAUGUUAUAGGACCAUCGGGCAUAAAUUGGUUGAUUUCACGAUUUCUUCAGAAGGAUGGUAUGUUAACUGCACAUCAGUUUGCUCCAGUUCAACAAGCAUUUACCUACAAGAGCCUUCUGUCCUUUUAAUGUACAGGAAUGCCCGUUCUGUCUGUCUUGUUUGUAUCAUUUUAUGUUGCAACCAAGCUUAUGUUUCACAUUCGUGAUGCUGCGGAGAAAAACUGUCAGCGAUAGGAUUUGUUUGGGCUGAUAUUUUUUCAGCUGGUACUUCUUUCUGCUAAUGUCGGAUUCUUUUGUUGAUUGGGAACUUGAGAGAUUUGGGGGCAAGAACUCUGCUUGCUUCUGAUGCAGAAUCUGAAAAUUGCAGAUAUCUUUGUUAUUCAAGCUGUGGGAUCAAACCCGGUUGCCGGUCUAACAGCCUUGACCAUCCGGUACUAGAAAGUGUUUGCUUUAACGGACCUCAGGAAAGUAUGAUGAGAUAGCUGUGUCUCCAUUUCCUGAUUUACUGAAGUCUUUUGUAAUGGAAUUAUACUUACAAAUACUCCCAAAGAUGAUGCAUCUUGAUCUUUUGCACUUAGUAAGCAAGCCACUCCAGUUCAAAUUUGUUUUUACCUUUCUUUUGACAAAUAAUGUGUAUUUUCUAUCUUAUUGCUCCUCUGACUGCUAAUCCCUGUCAGAUUGUGGUAGAAUUGCCUGCUUUUGAUGUCAUUUUUGGUACUAAUAUAGAUCAUAGAAAAUUUGUUUGACACCUGAAGUUUUUCGAGGCUAAAUGUAUCAUUCUUAUGAUAGUUACAUUAGUGCCAGCAGUUUUUUCUAC